CGGCCGCGCCGCUCGAUACGCGCGGCGCGCGCGUACCGUGCGUCACCUUGCCCCGGCCUUCAGAUCCCAGCCACCCCAUUUCCCCAUCAGUCCGUCAUCGUGUAUCAUUGAAGGAAAACACCGCCCUUUCAAUUGCAUUCCUCAAAUUAAAAAAGUGAUAGUAUAUCAAAGUGAUUUGCAAACAAAAACAACUCGUGUUGACGUGGACCAAAUGUUUACAACGAAAUAGUGAAUUAGCUUAUAUACGACUAUUAUUACCUUAUAUACGGCUAAUAUUUUUAGCAAAUAGCUGAUUAUUUAUUAUCAAUAGGUUAGUUAGUGACAAGGUUACAAAAAAAACUAAAUAAAAAAAUAAGUAGGUAAAUAUUCCGGUGAAUAACCUCUCUAGAUCAUCUGUACGCAAGGGAAUUUGUUAUACAGUCUAUUAAAAAAAAAGAAAAAGAAUAUGAAUGAAAUUGAUUUAAUCAAGGAGGUAGAAAAGCGACCAAUUUUAUAUGACAAAUCUGUGAGUGGUUUCAAUAAGACUAAGCUCAGAGACGACGCAUGGAAGGAAGUACAACAAUCGCUACAUGUUUCUGAAUCGGAAUGCAAGAAACGAUGGAGGUCCCUUCGCGAUUCGUUCAUAAAACUCCAGAGGACGCACGGAGGUCGCACGAGGUGGCCUUACCAUCAGGCCAUGAGGUUCCUACUGCCGCACAUAGAGACUAAGGACAACGGAGCAAUUAACAAAAAGGAAGCAGAGGACUCGGACGGUGAAGAGGAAAUGCGGCAGCGAGCCAUACAAUGCUUACCAGAUCUGUCCUACAGCCAGGACAACAAAUACGACGAUGAUGAUGAAGAGGACUCCCAACCUUCCCCUAAGAAAGCUCGUCAGAACUCCACGGACGAAGAAGCAACAUCUUGUUCCUGCAACAAUAGAACAGACCCUGAUGAACUAUUCCUCAUCAGUUGCGCCCCCACCCUUAAACGGCUAAACGCCAAACAAAACGCGCUAGCGAGACUCAAAAUACAACAAGUUUUGUUGGAAGCAGAAUUCGGUACACAAAUGGAACUCCCCUACGUGACACCGGCGAGUGAUUGUGACUUUGACGCGGUUGAAUAAGGCUGAAUAGUGAAUGUUCCCAAAGAGCCUAGUACGAGUUUGUACGAUUAAUGAGAUUGAAACGUUACAGCGCUUAACCCUCUAAUCGGGUGGUUAAUUUGAACAGGCCAAUCAACGCUCCGUACGCGGUAACGGUGACCGUAAAACAAACUCGUGCUAAGCCCCCAAAUAUAGAUAAUAAAUAGCACAUAGAUUUUAUCAAACAUUUUACACCAAGUUAGUAAGAUAUACAACCUAAGUUUUAAAUUGUUUUUGUUUUCAAGAGGAAACUUAAUAGUGAUUAUACAGAGUCCAAUAUUCUAUUAUUAUUAGGGCUGAUUUUUCCAACGCCAGUAAUAAAUUUUAACUGAGGAAUAACU